CACGACGGCGCACGUCUCAGUUACGGGUUACGGACUUACGGUAUGUCGGUUGUCGGUAUAGUCAGUUGACACUGAGCACCUGUGCUCAGCAGUUGUUUCAGUGUACGUUGUAAUGACUAUAUUUUCUAAAUUUUUGUGAAUAGGUCAAUGUUUAUUUUUGUUGAGCAAUUAGGCAUGAUUUGUACUGUCGUGAAUAAUUUUGUAUGUUGUGAUUGUGAAAUAGUACUGUAAUUCAUACCACGUAAUAUUAUCAUUGAUUAUAAAUACUAUUUUAUUAUCAAUAAGUCUUAUCACAAACCCGACAAACAAGACGGACUCCAGGAAAAUGGAAUAUGUUCGCGAUUUGGGCAUGAAGGCAGGCUCUAAUGUGGUACACUGUCCCUUUAACAAUGCUCACACGAUGCCUCAAAAAACAUUGAUACUACAUUUGACAAAAUGCCCAGACAAAACCCCAAACCUAAGGAUAUGUCCCUUCAAUUGCCUUCAUGUGGUAGAGAAGUCCAAGUUGAAUGCUCAUGAAAAUCAGUGUCCCGAUCGUUUAGAUUUUGAUCAAAUGGUCUACGAAACAAAUACUAACAGAAUUGAGGUAACUCUUAGAGGGCCCGUGAUGAAUGAUCUUGAUGAAACUUGGGACGUUCCAGAUUCGAACGAAACCGGUCCUGUUGAAAGUGUGGUGAAAAGCAUUAAUAAGAACCCAUGUUUUAUGAAACCCCCUGCCGGGUACACAAAAUCAGAGCGAAAAAAAUAUCGUUCUGAAGCACAAAAAGCGUAUUCGAAUGUUGAUUUGUCAUAUAAUCCUAAUUUAAGUAUGAAUGAUAGACUUGAUUCUACUAUAUCAAAUGGUGGCAGAAAUGUCAGUCAAAGUAAUCAGCAAGGUAAGAACAAAGGAUUAUUUUUUGGACAUAGACCAAACACAUAAACCAGUUGUAAAAUUAUCUGCAAAAUUAAACUGAUUAUACUUUGCGCCACGAGAGAAGUAACCCAUGUCCCAUCCAAAUUGUGUUUGAAUCCACUCAUUUCCCACCUAUUUGACAUAUCGACGUUGUACGAUCACAAUCGUUAACGGUAAUGCCUUCAACGCUACACUGAAUGGCACAAAGAGGGAGAAAUAGGGUCUCGUAACAGCCACUGCUGUCAGUCUGCAUGCCUGAAACGAGUUGCUUCUCUCUUGGCAUAAAGUAUUUUAAAUUUAAUAUUACAUCAUCUAUUAUUAAUCCUAUAAUAAAAAUUUGUUUUGAAUGUAUUUUUGGACUGAUUUAUAUUAACUAUUCAAUAAUUUUAGUUAAUAUACUAUUGAACCAUUAAAAUUGUAGUAUAGUUUGUACUCUAUAUAUUUAUUAUUUAAUUAAUUAAUUUGUUACUUUUAAAUGUUGUAAGUUGAUACUAAAGAAACAUUAAUUUAAUUUAUAAUAUGUCUAUGGUUGAUACUUAUUGUGUAGAUGUUUUAGCAAUUGAUGUACCUGUAUAUUAAAUUACAUAUUAUUGUAUUAUGUUUUAAACUGUUGUAUAGGGCUCAUCCUGUUAGUAAAUAAUAAAUAAAUAAAUACAUUUUUUUCAUAACAAUAACAUAGUUAUUACAAACUAUUAUUGAUUUCUUAAAUGUAAUUUUGAAUCGUAUUGUUUGAUUGAAUGUUGGACUAUUAUUACCACUAUUUAAUCUUAUUGUAAGGUAUGUGAUUAGAAUAAAUUGUACAAUUUGUAUUAUCUCAAAAA